AUGAUGAAGUUUGUUAAGCAGAAGGAAGAGAAUUGCAGUUUUCAUGAUGUAAUGGAUGGAUUGCAUCACCUCUAUGACAAACGCCUGAAACCUUUAGAGGUCACUUAUCUGUUUCCACAGUUCCAUUCCCCAACUAUUGAUACUGGAGAGUUUAGUUCUAAACCAAUGCUUCUUCUUUUGGGACAGUAUUCGACAGGAAAAACUACUUUCAUAAAAUACCUUUUGGGAUCCCCAUUUCCCGGAAUGCAUAUUGGUCCUGAACCAACAACUGACCGUUUCAGUGUCGUAAUGAGUGGUGAUGAAGGCAUUAUACCUGGAAAUGCUCUUGUUGUCGAUGCACAGAAACCUUUCCGUCCUUUGUCGAAAUUUGGAAAUAAUUUUCUAAACCGCUUUCAGUGCUGUCAGCUUCAAAAUUCAGUUCUAGACAGUAUUAUUAUUAUUGAUACUCCUGGAAUACUGAGUGGUGAAAAACAAAGGUUGGAUCGUGGUUAUGACUUCACAGCUGUUGUUCAGUGGUUUGCAGAGCAUGUUGAUAGAAUUAUUCUGCUGUUCGAUGCGCACAAGCUUGACAUAUCCGAUGAGUUUCGCAGAGUUAUAGAGUCUAUUAGGGGUUUCGACGACAAAAUUCGUAUUGUUCUGAAUAAGGCUGAUAUGAUUGAUCCUCAGCAAUUAAUGCGUGUAUAUGGAGCGUUAAUGUGGGGUCUGGGUAAAGUGUUGGGAACUCCAGAGGUCGUGAGAGUGUUUAUCGGCUCAUUUUGGGACCAACCACUGCAAUGUGACGCCAACCGUCGCUUGUUUGAGUUAGAAUCUCAGGAUCUUUUCAAAGACCUUCGAAGUUUACCAGCUAAUGCGGCGAUGAGAAAACUAAAUGAUAUAAUUAGACGAGCAAGGCUAGCGAAGGUACAUGCCUACAUAAUUGGCUAUCUCAAGAAGGAAAUGCCUUCACUUGUAGGCAAAAACAAAAAGAAACAAGAGCUUAUCAAAAACCUUCAACAGAUUUACGAUUCUAUUUCCCGUUUGCAUCAUAUUUCACCCGGUGAUUUUCCGAAUAUUAAUCAAAUGAAAAGUUUACUAAACGAACAUGACUUUUCAUCUUUCCCAGCCCUAAAGGAAAGGCUAGUUGAAAGUGUUGAUGUAAUGCUGAGUCAGGAAAUACCUAAAUUAAUGCAGAUGCUGCCCAACGAACAAUCUGAAAGUGCUCAACAGGGCAAAAAUUCAGUUAAAGGUGGAGCAUUCGAUGGUGGUAUAGGUGACAGCCCAUUCACAUUAGAAGCUGAUCUGGAUAUUAAUCGUGGACGUUAUGAUAGUCAAUGGGUGGCUGAAAAAUAUCGAGAAAAAUGGACUAAAGAAUUCGAAGAAUUUAAUCCAGUUGACGGUCGUCUUGCUGGUGGAGCGUUAAAAUCUCAUUUGUUACAAUCACGAUUACCCAAUUUCACAUUACAUCGUAUAUGGAAACUUUCAGAUAUAGAUAUGGAUGGUCAUUUGGAUGUUGAUGAGUUUGUACUUGCUAAAUACUUGAUAGAACUAGCCUCAAAAGGCAAUGAGAUACCAGAUUGUUUACCGGAUCACUUAGUUCCACCUAGUAAACGAAAUCUGAAUCCACCAUCUACAAACGGUGAAAUUGAAUGUCCGCAACCAAAAUAUUAA